AUGGGGAAAGGAGGACAACUAAGCGAAGGUGUGAUUAAGAACAUCAUCCUCUCAUACACUUACGUAGCGAUAUGGAUCUUCCUCAGCUUCACCGUGAUCGUCUACAACAAAUACAUCCUCGACAAGAAGAUGUACGACUGGCCUUUCCCGAUCUCUCUCACAAUGAUCCACAUGUCCUUUUGCUCAACCCUAGCUUUCCUCCUCAUCAAGGUCUUCAAAUUCGUCGAGCCUGUCUCAAUGUCUCGCGACACUUACCUCAGAUCCGUCGUCCCCAUCGGAGCCUUGUACUCACUCUCCCUCUGGCUCUCUAACUCCGCUUACAUCUACCUCUCCGUCUCCUUCAUCCAGAUGCUCAAAGCCUUGAUGCCAGUCGCCGUUUACUCCAUCGGCGUUCUCUUCAAGAAGGAAGGUUUCAAAUCGGAAACCAUGAUGAACAUGCUCUCGAUCUCCUUCGGCGUUGCGAUCGCUGCCUAUGGAGAAGCAAGGUUCGACGUGUGGGGUGUGAUCCUCCAGCUAGGUGCGGUUGCGUUCGAGGCGACGAGAUUGGUAAUGAUUCAGAUCUUGCUUACAUCCAAAGGAAUCACGUUGAAUCCAAUCACUUCUCUCUAUUAUGUUGCUCCUUGUUGUUUGGCUUUCUUGUUUAUCCCUUGGAUUGUUGUGGAGUUUCCGAUAUUGAGAGACACUUCUAGCUUCCAUUUCGAUUACCUAAUCUUCGGGACGAACUCGUUCUGUGCGUUUGCUUUGAAUCUUGCUGUGUUCCUUCUUGUUGGGAAAACCUCUGCGUUGACCAUGAAUGUUGCUGGUGUGGUUAAGGACUGGCUCUUGAUCGCGUUCUCAUGGUCGGUUAUUAAGGACACUGUGACUCCUGUUAAUCUUUUCGGUUACGGUAUCGCGUUCUUGGGGGUUGCGUACUACAAUCACGCCAAGUUACGAGCGUUGAAGGCUAAAGAUGCUCAGAAGACGGCUCAGCAGGUUGAUGAAGAGAGCGGUCGGCUUUUGGAAGAGAGGGAAGGAAAUGAAGGUGGGAGGAAGAACGAGCCUGAGGAUUAA